AUGGAGAAAGUAAGGAGCGGUGAAGAAACUAUGUGGUGCGGUCACUGCGGCGUUAACACUCCCACCCGCCGUGAAGGAUCCGCCGGUACCGUCAGGUCAUGCAAUUGGUGUGGGAAAGUGCUGGCGGAUGAGACUGGAACCGCCGAAGAGUACAAUCAACUCUUUCUUCAACGUCAAGCUUUACAAGACGCCGUCGCCGUUUCCGGCAAGAGAACUCGCCGUAUCAAACAAACAUCAAAAUCGUAA